CGGAGCCGAGUUGGUGCUGGGGUUCUAUGCUUUCGCCAGGACGGUGGCUUUUGCGCGGAAUCUGACAUACACAAUAGCGGUAGAAAUACACCUUCUCACAGUUUUUGAAUGACUACACUGGUGCACGGUGGAACACGGGGGCACUUAGAUCGGGGACUUUUCUACGGGGUGCCAGAUAUCCUGCCAAAGAAGAUGAAGAAAAACAGAGAAAGAUUCUGCAGCAGAGAGAGGGAAUUUGUGUAUAAAUUCAAAAUAGGAAGUCAGUGCUUAGAACUGAGGGUGCCCCUCAAAUUUCCUGUUCAAGAGAAUGUCAGUUACUUACAUGGGCGCCUGAUGCUGCUGCACAGCUUGCCAUGCUUUAUAGAAAAAGACUUAAAAGAAGCUCUGAGCCAGUUUAUAGAAGGAGAAUCCCUCAGAGAUUAUGAUAGAGAGGCUGAAGCAUCACUGGAAGCUGUGAAAUCAGGUGAAGUAGAUUUACAUCAUCUGGCAAGUACAUGGGCCAAAGCUUACGCAGAGACCACAUUAGAGCAUGCAAGGCCUGAAGAGCCCAGCUGGGAUGAAGAUUUUGCAGAUGUGUACCAUGACCUAAUUCAUUCUCCUGCCUCUGAAACGCUCCUAAAUUUGGAACAUAAUUACUUUGUUAGUAUCUCAGAACUGAUUGGUGAAAGAGAUGUGGAGCUGAAGAAAUUACGAGAGAGACAAGGUAUUGAAAUGGAAAAAGUGAUGCAGGAGUUGGGAAAAUCACUGACAGAUCAAGAUGUAAAUUCACUGGCUGCUCAGCAUUUUGAAUCCCAACAAGACUUAGAAAAUAAAUGGUCAAAUGAAUUAAAACAAUCGACUGCCAUCCAAAAACAAGAGUAUCAGGAAUGGGUGAUAAAACUUCAUCAGGACCUAAAAAACCCCAACAACAGUUCCCUCAGUGAAGAAAUUAAGGUUCAACCAAGUCAGUUCAGAGAAUCAGUAGAACCAAAUGGAAGGAUUUAUGAGGAACAGAGAAAGUUAGAAGAAAGUUUUACCAUUCACUUAGGAGCUCAAUUGAAGACCAUGCAUAAUUUGAGAUUGCUGAGAGCAGACAUGCUGGAUUUCUGUAAGCACAAAAGAAAUCAUCGAAGUGGUGUGAAACUCCAUCGACUCCAGACAGCUCUGUCACUUUAUUCCACAUCUCUCUGUGGCCUGGUUUUACUAGUAGAUAAUAGAAUUAAUUCAUAUAGUGGUAUAAAAAGAGAUUUUGCCACAGUUUGCCAAGAGUGCACUGACUUUCAUUUUCCCCGAAUUGAAGAGCAACUGGAAGUUGUCCAGCAGGUGGUACUUUAUGCUAGAACCCAGCGCAGGAGUAAGUUGAAAGAACCACAUGACCGGACGACCUUCCGGAUGAAUCUGGGGCUGUGGAGGAAGCCCAGGUCCCAGACAGGAGAAUUUUACAUUACACGGCAUUCUAAUCUCUCAGAAAUCCAUGUUGCUUUUCAUCUUUGUGUGGAUGACAAUGUGAAAUCUGGAAACAUCACUGCUCGCGAUCCUGCCAUUAUGGGACUCCGAAACAUCCUCAAGGUUUGCUGCACCCACGACAUCACAACAAUAAGUAUUCCUCUCUUGCUCGUGCAUGAUAUGUCAGAGGAAAUGACUAUACCAUGGUGCUUAAAGAGAGCAGAACUUGUGUUUAAGUGUGUCAAAGGUUUCAUGAUGGAAAUGGCUUCAUGGGAUGGAGGAAUUUCUAGGACAGUGCAAUUUCUGGUACCACAGAGUAUUUCUGAAGAAAUGUUUUACCAACUUAGUAACAUGCUUCCCCAGAUCUUCCGAGUAUCAUCAACACUUACUCUGACAUCCAAGCACUAAACCCUUAUAUAUCACCCUGCUGGCAGAAGAGGAUUGUUAACCUUUCCAGGAACUUGAGCUCUGCUGGGAUUCUCUCAAGCAAAGAUGCCCAGAAAGAGAACUUGCGACCCAAGCCACAAAUCAAAUCAUGAUAGAUGUCUGUUAAACAUUCCAAAGACUCAUCUACCGUACAGGCUGAUGAUCAGCCCCUGAUGUAUACAUUUAUUGUUAAAGUCUCUAUGAAAAAAAAAAAAGUCUUUUCCUAUUGUCGGAUCCUAUCUGUGAAUCUUAGUAGGUUUAAACUUCCUAUAUCUCGUGCAAGGACACUUGAUGUAGGAGAGUGUUCACUGCAUUUUCAUAAAGACAUUUGUCUUUUCCCAAAGGUAUGAAUCAUAUCAGGUACAAGACUUAAUUAAGCAUACAAAUAAAAUCUUUCCUCUAUCUUAUUUGCCAAGUGAAAAUUAAAAAGCACUGAAAUAUACAUUACACA